GCCUCCCGGAUGGGUCCCUCUCUCGCAUGCAAUCUCAUCCCUGACAAACGCUCCUCCGCGGUUUUCGCCUUGCAGCUUAUUUCUCGACUGUGCCAGUCGAUCGCGCCCAGAGCUCAAUUCAUUCAAAGCCUCAGGCCGCCGGAGGACGACGAGUUGGCGCACCACCUCAACACCAUUUAACCUUAAAGCGUCAUUGACUCGCCCGGCGCGAAGGAGCUCUACAAAGCUACCCCUCUUUCGCCCCUCUCGCCUUGAACACCCCAACCGGCCAAUUGCUCGCCCAAGCGCUAAACAAGUCAAUAUGCCUCCCAAGACAGGCGGUCGCGGUCGCAAGAGCAUUGUGGCGGCGCCGCGACAAUCAACAGCUGGCGACCGUGCCGCCGCAAGCUCCUCGAAAGCAGCUGCAACGACGUCGCCGGCAGCUAAGAAAGUGCGCAAAUCCACUGGACCGGCUAGGGGAGGGAAAAGGCCUGCUGGAAAGGCACCCAGAGAGUCCGACGUUCAGCCUGGUGAUCCCACACCACAAGGACGUGUACGCCGCUACAAGCCUGGAACCGUGGCUCUCAAAGAGAUCCGCAAGUACCAGCGCUCUUAUGAUCUGCUUAUCCAAAAGCUUCCUUUUGCUCGGCUGGUCCGCGAGGUCGCUCUUGACCUCCUCCCUUCAGAAGUUGGCGCCGAGCUGCGGUGGCAGUCGCAUGCGAUCCAAGCGCUCCAAGAAGCAGCCGAAGCUUUCCUUGUACAUCUCUUCGAGGACACCAACCUCUGUGCUAUUCACGCCAAGCGCGUGACCAUCAUGCAGAAAGAUAUCCAACUUGCUCGACGCAUUCGUGGUGUCUGGGGUGGUCUGGGCUAAAAGUCUUCCGUUACCCUUGCAAUUGAUCGAAAGGAGAAGAAGUCAAGAAAAGAAAGAAAUCGAGACAAAACGCCCAAAACAAAAGCGAGUUUCUCUACUUUCACAAUCUACCUACUCUACCCUACCACCUCUCUGAUCUCAUCACUCUAUCUUACUUCUCUCCUUUCCGACUUUGUUAUAAUCAAGCAGUGGGCGUUCAUCAUCAUUUUUUGCUGCCAGUUGGUGUUGUAUAGGGUUGCAGGCGUAUGGGAAGGUUACGGGGUCUUGAGGCGAACCGCGGGGUCUUUCUUUGUUUUUGAUGCUGUUACAAACUUCUCACCGAUUUUGAUCUCAUUUUAUCUACCUACCUACCUCUUGUUUGAUUGAUUGUUGACUCUAAUGCCGUUGACUACCGGCUGUGUCACGUGCGUGUACAAUACACAACCUACUUAUGUCCGUUGAAACGAACAUGAGAGGUGUACUAUCUAUUCCAUUUCAUAUAUGGUUGAAUCGAAUCGAUCAUCCUGUGUAUGCCAAGUCCUUCAUGGAUGCACUUGGAUGUCUGAUGUUAUUGAUCAAGAAUCAAAAGAAUCAAAGUCACCUGAAACCGGGA